AUUCAUAGUGUCUUUGCGUCUGCUGUGUCGAAUGCGGUUUGAAAACCCAACCCAACUGACAUAAACUGGACUCAGCCCUAAAUCACAUCCCGUCCUCUCGGUACUCUCGGAGCGAGUCAGCGCACCAUCAACGACAAGUUCUUCUCCCGUUCACCUUUGACGGCAUCUCCGGGAGUCCUGUCCCCCCCCACCCGGCAGUAUCGAGACCCUCCUCCCCUCAUCCAUCAAUACGUACACUUCAUCAGAAAGAGAUCGACAAUCGCAUCGAUGGCUGCCGGACUGUCAAACGCCCUCAAGACCGCCCGUCACCGGCUGCCGAGCGCGGCCGUGAGAAAUUAUUCAAUCCCUGUUCAGCAGUCGGCGUGGGGUCCGGCGACAUGCGGAGCUUCCGGCCUUGACUCCUCCUCGGGACGCGCUGCCCCGCUGUUCAAGUCUCAUAAUACCCCGCCGGUUAUUCACUCGUUCACUCAGCAAACUCGGUUCCAGUCCUUCACCCAGAUUCGCAAAAUGUCGUCCUCCAACUCCCGCCGUCUCAACAUUGACAACAUCAACCCGCACGUUAGAGCGGCCAAGUACGCUGUGCGCGGUGAGCUUGCCGUCAAGUCCGAGGAGUUCCGGGCCGCCCUCCUCCGUGGAACCUCCGACAUCCCCUUCAGCCAGGUCAUCUCGGCCAACAUCGGCAACCCCCAGCAGCUUGACCAGAAGCCCAUCACCUUUUUCCGCCAGGUCCUCAGUCUCCUCGAGAACCCUCUGCUUCUCGAGCAUGAGGACGUCCUCAUCAACCACCUCGGCUACAAGACUGAUGUCAUUGAGCGCGCCAAGUGGUUCCUCAAGAAUGUUGGCUCCGUAGGAGCUUACAGUGCCAGCAACGGCGCCCCUGCCAUCAGACAGCACAUUGCAGAGUUCCUCGAGAGGCGCGAUGGCUUCCCUGCCAACUGGCAAGACAUCUACCUCUCUGCCGGUGCUUCUUCGGGAGUCAACACCCUCCUGCACAUCAUCUGCGCCGAUGAGAAGAGCGGCAUCCUGGUUCCCAUCCCCCAGUACCCUCUCUACACCGCCUCGCUCUCCAUCCUGAACGCCACCUGCGUUCCCUACCUCCUCGAUGAGUCCAAGAACUGGGGCACCGACAUCAACACCAUCAAGGAGUCGUACCAAAAGGCCAAGGACGCCGGCGUCGACACUCGCGCCAUCGUCAUCAUCAACCCCGGCAACCCCACCGGCGCCUCCCUCUCCGAGGAGGACAUCCGCGCCGUCCUCGAGUUCGCGCGCCAGGAGCGCCUUGUCGUCCUCGCCGACGAAGUCUACCAGACCAACGUCUUCAUCGGCGAGUUCAUCUCGUUCAAGCGCGUGCUCCGCCAGUUGCAGAAGGAGAACCCCGACGGCAAGUACGACUGCGUCGAGCUGGCUUCCCUCCACUCCAUUUCCAAGGGCAUGGUGGGCGAGUGCGGCCACCGCGGUGGCUACUUUGAGCUGGUCAACUUUGAUCCCGAAGUCCAGGCUGAAAUCUACAAGUUCGUCAGCAUCAUGCUCUGCGCGCCUGUCAUUGGCCAGUGCCUGGUCGAGCUGAUGGUCAAUCCGCCCAAGCCCGGCGAGCCCUCCUACGAGCUCUACGAGAAGGAGUACCGCGGCAUCUACGAGGGCAUGAGGGAGCGCGCCAACGCUCUCCACAAGGCGUUUGAGCAGAUGGAGGGCGUCGAGUGCGGUGCUCCCCAGGGUGCCAUGUACCUCUUCCCUACCAUCAACUUGCCCCCCAAGGCCGCCGAGGCCGCCGCCAAGGAGGGCCGUACCCCCGACGAGUUCUACUGCAUGAAGCUCCUCGAGGCUACCGGCGUCUGCGUUGUUCCUGGUUCUGGGUUCGGUCAGAAGGAGGGUAGCUUGCACUUCCGCACUACCUUCCUUGCUCCUGGUACCGAGUGGGUUGGCAGCAUUGUCAAGUUCCACAAGGAGUUCAUGGAUCAAUAUCGUUGAACGGCUCACACCACUGUCAAAGUGUAUUUUGAUUCGAAAACGGUACUUGAUGAAAGGACUCUUUGCGGUUCGUCACGGUGGUGAUGGGUGGGUGUCGAGUGUCCUCGAGAUGGAUGGAUGGUCUGACUAUGACGCUGCGCACAAGGGGGGCGCUCGUUCAUCGGUUCUGCAGCCCCUCAAGUAUCAAAGCUGCCGCGGAAGAACAGGGUGUGACCCUGGAGAUAUCAUCCCUUCUCUCCCUUGUAGAAUGUCACCUGCCCUGUCCGCUCAUCUACCUUAGGGAUAGAUAUGUUGCCCAUCCCAGCGCCGGGACCGGAUAAUGAAGUUGAGGGGAAACAUGGUACGGAAAAAGCGAGCGAAAUCUUGUUUACCAAGCAGAACUCGGAGUAUGAAGGACAAAAAAAGAGCGAUUUGGUUCGGCUUUUGGUUUGGUUUGGUUGGUUGGUUGGUUGGUUAUGGGAUCUUUGAUGAUACCUCAGCGUUUGUACUUUUUGCUAGCCUUUUGCAUUGCACGUAUGUACGUAGCCUUAUCCAGGAUACGAGGGACAUACGAAUACAAAAGUAAAAAAGCCUGGACAAGAAGAAACGGAGUCUUAUGAACACAUGAUGCAAUAUCCGUGACAAUGAGGAGCAAGUCGUUUUGUGUC